AAAAGCACUGUUUUGGAUUUUUGAUGGUGAUAAAUGUCUUUUUCAUACAGUUGUAAGUGCUUUGCAUCAUAUUUCUAUUUCUAGAAAUUUUGAACCUAAAGUUUGUUCAGAAGCCAAAACACAGCUUUAAAACACUUGGCCAAUUUAGCAAAUUUAGAUCACAUACAACUUUGCUUAGAACUAAAUAAUUUUUCUAAAAUGUAUCCCAAGUUAAAAAUGUCUACAACAGAAAGAACUAAACAAAUAUACCGUUAAUUUGAUACUGAUUCAGAUGAAAACACAGAUAAUGAUGAAGAAAAUAUGAAAUAUGAUGCAGCAUUUUCUUUUAAAUAUGGUGUAUCAUAAAAAACGAAAAACCAAUAGACCACCUAGAGGUAAAGUUAAUGAGAAUGAAAUGCGAGCAGCUCUUAAUGCAGUUCUUAAUCGUAGUACAGUUUAUCGUGUAUCUAAAGAGAGGGUAAUCAAUUUAAUGACACUUAAGAGAUAUGUAAGGAAAUGUCAAUUAAAUCCAUAUACAGUCUGCAAACCUAACUUCAUUACCAUGCAAAUCUUUACCAACGAAGAAGAAACAUCUUUAUCAGAUUAUCUUUUAAGGGGCUCAAAACUUCACUAUGGAUUAUCAACCAAAACAACACGAAAACUUGCCUAUGAAUUUGCAAUGACUCUUUCUAAGCGCAUUCCUAAAUCGUGGAAAAGUUUACAAAUUGCUGGGAAACAGUGGCUUCGUGGUUUUAUGUUACGUAGGAAUGAGUUAUCUUUAAGAAAUCCAGAAGCUACUAGUAUGGCACGAGCAACUGCUUUUAAUUGUUAUACAGUCGGAGAAUUUUUCACCAAUCUAAAAGAUGUUCGCCUACGACACAAGUUUCAGCCACAAAACAUAUAUAAUGUUGAUGAGACAGGUCUCACAACUGUUCAAAAACCAGUUAAAGUAAUUGCUAAAAAAGGAGAUAAACAAGUUUGAAGGAUAACUUCAGCAGAAAGAGGGACAUUGGUAACAGUUUGUUGUGCAGUCAAUGCAAUAGGAAACUCAAUCCCUCCAUUUUUUAUUUUUCCAAGAGUUCAUUUCAAAGGAAGUAUGAUAAAUGGUGUCCACCUGAAUGUGUUGGGGUUGCAAACCCAUCUGGUUGGAUGAAUGUUGCAACGUUUUUAGAGUGGAUGAAACAUUUUAUUCAAAAUGUGAAAUGUUCACCAGCUAAUCCAGUGCUUUUACUUCUUGACAACCACGAGAGCCAUGUUUCAAUUGUGUGUUUAGAUUUAGCUAAAAAAAAUGGCAUAACUAUGCUGUCCUUUCCACCACAUUGUAGUCACAAGUUGCAGCCAAUUGGAUCGGUCAGUUUAUGGGCCACUGAAACGUUAUUACAAUGCAGCCUGUGAUGAUUGGAUUGUAUCUAAUCCAAGACUGAUGAUCAUAUAUGAUAUAGCUUCAGUUGUAAGGAAAGCCCAUGCACAAGCUUUUACUUUGUCUAACACUUCUGCAGGAUUUGCUGUGGCAGGAAUUGAACCCUUUAAUCCUAACAUAUUUUCUGAUAAUGAGUUUUUGUCUUCAUAUGUAACAGACCGUCCAGAACCUAUUACUGCUAACCCUUCUCCGGGUGUUGUUGAUCCAGUUCAUGCCCCAGCUUUUAAUCAAUCAUUGAUGUCAAGUCUGUCAUCUGGUUCAACUUGUAGUGUAUUGCCUAUUCAGCCUAUAUCUGACCCUGGAAGUCAACUAUCCAGUGUUUCUAAUAAUAUCUCUCAUCAAGCAAGUCUAGAAAAAAUUAGGCCAUUUCCAAAAGCUGGAUCAAGGAAAUCCAUUAAAGGACGUAAACGUCAGCGUACUCGAAUACUCACAGACAUUUCUGUUCGAAAUGAGUUAAAUAAGCUUCAGGAAAUAAAAAAAAAAAUCUCAGUCAAAAAAGAAAAAACAUGAAAUGCAAAAUAAGAUCUUCAUGACAAGAAAAAGAAAACUUGAUCUUGAAAGUAAUGAAAAUAAAAACGUUGAGUCUCAGUAAAAAA